CUACUCCAAGGCCGGGACGGCCCCCGGCUUCCUCCUCAAGCCAGCCGGCCUCUCCACUCCCCGCAUAUAAAGUAGGCACGACCUCGCAGCCCCCUGCCACCAAAGCAACGCAGCAAGAACCAGCCACAUCGUCGUCUUCUUCUUCUCCCUCUUGACGCAGACAAGAAGUUUUCGAUCUCUUUUCCGGGACCUGAUGGAGAACAAGGAGGCUUCCGCGGUGCCGGAGAAGGAGGUGGCGUUGGCGGUGUCGUCGUGCUUCAAGAGGACGGUGGAUGAGGACGCGUCGCUCCUGGAGAAGGCCAAGGACCAGUACAAGCAGUUCACGGAGGCGGAGGCGAGCGAGCACUGGGAGUGCAUCAAGAACAAGGUCAGCUCCAUGUUCGCCGAGCCCAUCCCCUUCUUCAGCGGAGGCGCCAAGGACCACGGCUCCACCACCACGCCGUCCGUCGAGUCGCAGUAGAUCGCCGCCGUCGUAUAUCGUUUGCUACUUUAGAUGAGGAUCAUCGUUAGUUUGAGUCUGUUCUUGUUUUUGUAUACUGUGGAUUAUUGAGUUAAUUAUAAUUUAUAGUCUAAGUGAUUAUCUCGAA